AUGGAAUUACAGCAACAAAUACGCUUAGUCAGAGGAGUGGGUCUCGCGACAUGGGAGUUCCGUGCCGAAAACGUGCAACUCGACCAGCCCAUCUGUAAAUUCAGCUGUGGAGAAGUCUUCAAGGGAAAAAUCCAUCGAAGAGAUAUCACUCCGAUGGAAGUCGCUGUCAAGACGGUAGCCGGUCGUUCAGCGGAAGCUAAAGAGAAAGUGUUGGAACUGAUGGCGCAAUGUCGACUACUAAACGAGCUUUACCAUCCUUGCGUUGUGCAGUAUUUUGGCGUUUGCCUUAUCGCACAACCGAACUGUUUCGUUUUUGAAUUCGUUUCAGAUGGUCCCCUUGACGAAUGGCUUCGUACUCAUGGUGCUGAAAUAAAACGAGAUGAAGUUCUGUUAAUGGUUAUGAGUUCCGGUUGGGGACUAGAAUACCUUCAUCAGAACUCAAUCCUUCAUCGAGAUAUCGCCGCCAAGAACUGCCUCUACGACAGGCAAUUUGUAAAAUUGAGCGGUUUUGCAAAAGCCAAGAAAGGCAGCACAUACAAAAUGAAAACUCCAAGGAAAAUGCCCAUCAAAUGGAUGGCUCCAGAAUCCUUGGAAGCUUUCUUGUACACGCAGAAGUCCGACGUCUACUCUUAUGGAGUGAGUUCUUAG